UGUGCCAAGCUGUUCCCAUUCCCAACCAUUGUCUGUACAUAUCUAUGUGUCUAAUAUGUUGAAAUGGUUCCAUCAAAGCUAUAAAAUUGAAUUGCUUUUGUCUAUUCAUCAUAACCACUCUUUCAAAGGCCUGUUGAGUAUUAACAGACCUUGUGUUCCAUAUCAGUGACUAAUUCAUUGAUUAGAUGAUUUAGCAAUAGCUAGCCUUGUUUGUACCCCUCCAGUUAUUUUAGGAGGGACACUUUUUCCUCUGAUUUCUCUUGAUUCUUUUUGUUCCUUUCUUGCUUUUGCAGUUUGUCUAGGUGAAAUAUCUCCCAUGUUGCCUUGUAAUUCUUUACGAUAUAUCUUUGCAUUCUUGUGUUCCACAUGAUCAUCAUCCCCAAUGUCUAUUGGGAUUUCUGACUUCUUGUCUGAUUCUUGCUCCAGAAAUUGUGAUUCUAGAUUGGACACCUCUUGACCCACUGCAUUCCUCUGUCUUUGGAGAUUUUAUACUAUCUGCCUACUUUUCUUUAUGUUGUAUCUCAGCUGCAUUGUGCUCAUCAUCUUGCUUAUCAUCCAUGACAGAAUUAUCAGAUGGAGAUACUUCAGAAACCAAAUCUGGUGGUUUAUCAUCAGGAGGCUUCUCCUCAGGUUUGGUGGUUGCCUGUGACCCACAUCCGGCUGUUGUUUCUUUGCUGAUAUGGAAGCUUGAUUUUUAUGGAGCUUACACUCAGCAAUUGCUUGCGUCGAUAUUCAUUUUGAACUCACCCGCUCAAAUGAUGGAUGCAAAUAAUGAGAUUGUUCUGUUAAUAAAAUAUAUCACUGUUAUUAUUUCACUGCUAUUAUUUUGUUACUUUUAUGCUAUGCAACUUUUGUUUUCUGCUCUUUAUCAUGUACUAUAUUCAUGUCAUUUUGUCAUUUUUUUUUUCCUUUUCAUGGUAUACUGUGUUUCUAUUACUGUAGCGAAAAAGAGUAGGCACUUCCGGACCUAGGUGUCAAUUUAGCUACCAAGUUUUCCCAAACAGAACAUUGACAAGUGAAACUCAAGUUAAGACCUCAUUUGUUUGCACUUAAUGGAAGUUUGAAUAUGAAUGAUUAAGAUUUUUCAACCUCAUUUAGUGCAUUUGAUUUUUCAUAAAAAAAAAAAAAAAAACCUCUUAUUAGAUCUGGAAGCAUGUUCAGACAUUAAAUACACGCUUUCUUUCGCUCUUCCACUCACGCCGUUUUUUCCUUCCGCCAAAAGAAUUUCACUCAUAUCUCUCUCUUUCUCCAGUUACCAGCUGGUUGCCAAAUAAUUUCCUCAGCAAGAUUUCAAUUUUUUUUAGUUCGAAUCAUAUAUCUUGAUUCCGUGUUUUCGAUGGCAAUUUCUUGCUUUAAGAUUAGAGUUAAAAGACCCAUUUUCAAAAUAUAAUUUAAGAAGACCAGUGUGCAUUGAAAAAAAUGGCGGAUUAGGAUGGGAUGGUAAAUUCCAGUAGAACAAUGAAGAAUUGCAACUUGUUACCGCACAUGUUUCAAUAUCUUUGAAAAAAAUAAAAAAUUAUAGAAUUUAGCUUUGGCUUCAUUCCCUUUUCUUGUUUAACCUCGCUUCUCUGUCUUAUAAUUUAUCUGUUCUCAUGCUAAAUGGAACAAAGACAUUUUCUAGAAGACAAUAAUGAUGACCAAAACGCCACCUUUUUGUAAGUGAUUUCAUUGUUUGGAUAAUUUUGAUUAAAAUAUAAAUUUAUGACUAAAUUUAAAAAUUUCUAAAACUACAUUUUGUUACAAUAAUAAUUUUAUUGGUAUAAAAUUUAAUCACUUUUAAAUUUAAUUGUAUAUUUAUUAUGUUUAACCAUGGACAAAUUAUGUUCAUUCAAAUGUUAAGAAAACAAACAGUCUUAAUUAUUCAGCGUUUAGAUCUCGAGACCAUAUCUUAAUAUUCAGAUGUGUAUUCAUAUUUAAACAUCUUAGUCUAAAAAUAAAAAAAUAAAAAACACAUGCCCCCUCAGUGUUCCUGUAGUUCUUUCCCCCAAUGUAUUUCCAAGUUAUUAUCUUAUGAAUAUUGAAUAUGCACCUGUCAAAUUGCAUCAGACUACUCUAAGAAGGAUGUCAUCACAUCUCUGUCUUUAUCUACUUAAAGUUAAUCUUUAUAUCGCAAUUGCUUGGUUAGUAUUCUCUCUAUCUUCAAAAAUUCAAAGUAAUAGAAAUAAAAGUUUACAAACUAUUAAUUUACUAAUUAUUUCUAACGCUAUCUACAGCCUCUUACCUUGCUACAUUUAAUUUCCAUCAGGUUGUACGUUUCUUAUAUUUACUAUUUUCUGCGCCUUUUGUCUUUCUCAGUUAAAAGAUAUUUUUAUAUCUAAUAUUAGAAUUAGAUGCUAUAAAAUGCUAGACACUCCAAGUCAUUAGCGUUAUCCUUCGGCACUUAAUCACAUCAUUAUAGUUUCUUCAGUUACAUUGUCUAUCAUAAUUUUAUAUUCAUUUUCCCUUUGAGAACUUUUUAGAAUGGACAUUUUUUUAGAUGCAGACAAAAAUGGUGGAUGGACUCCAAGGAGGAGAAGAAUUCGAGAU